AUGGGGGCGGCGCCGUCGAGACAGGAGGCGUCCACCGCCUCGUCGCCCACCGGCGAUGGCCGUGUCGCGCCGACGGCGCUCAGCGCUUCUACUACUUCUGACACCGCCAACCAGGCGCAGUCCAAGAGGGCGCCGGCUCCUCACAUGUUCCGGGAGAUCGUCGCCGGGGAGAAUGUCGCCGACGUAGCCGCGCUGGAAGAUCAGGUCUGCAAGGGGAUCUUCUUGGCCGGGAAAACAAAGAAGUACUGGGUGGAUGAAAAAACCAGGCACAACUGCUUCAUGCUGUUCCCCAGAGGCCUACACAUCACCUGGAGCGAAGACCCCAAGUACUGGACUUGGCACCCCCUGCGAGAAGGAAGCGACGCCGAAGCCGGAAUCGAGACGGUGGCGCUGCAGAACGUCUGCUGGCUGGAGGUCCAAGGGAAGCUGGAGCUGUCCCAUCUCACACCAGGAGCCACCUAUGAGGUUUUCUUCGAGGUGAGGCUCGACGACCCGGCUUACGGAUGGUCGAUGCCGGUGAACCUCCGGCUCAAGUUCCCUGAUGGCACGAUCCAGCAGCACAAGGAGAACCUGGAGGAGAAGCCCAGGGGGAAGUGGCUGCUGGUCAAGGUUGGGGAGGUUAAGCCACACAAGGGGCAGAAUGGAGAGGCUGAGAUCUCCAUGUUUGAGUAUGAUGGUGGGCAGUGGAAGAGGGGGCUCCUCAUCAAGGGCAUCAAGAUCAUCCCAAAAGAAUGA